AUGGUUGGGCGUGUCAGCACGCACCAGCGGCCCGCCCGGAUCGACUCAAGGCCGCGCCUGCAAUCAAGCUCUGCAGUGCGCACUUUGGCAGUCGACUGGAAGGCCGAAUUUCCCUUUCAGUCGCAGGCAGAUAACAGGGGCAGGGUCUGUGGAAACGGGACGACGCCAAACGAACUGAUCUAUUUCGAUAGCGCGGCAACGUCGCAGAAACCACGACACGUGAUUGACGUAAGAGAACGCGCCUCCUUGUUUGGACCCCCGGUCUUGCGAUUGCGUUAUCAGGCCAUGGAACACGCCUAUGUACAUUUCAACGCCAACGUCCAUCGAGCGGCCUAUGCUAGAAGCGCGGCUGCCACGGAGCGGAUGGAGGGCGUUCGCGCUCAUCUGGCAAGAUUUUUAAACGCGGAAAGACCAGAGGAAAUCAUCUUCACAUCCGGUGCUACAGAGGCUAUAAACCUAGUCGCGAACACGUGGGGGGAAGCCCAUAUCUCCGAGGGUGAUGAAAUUCUCCUCACGGUGGCAGAACAUCACAGCAACCUCGUCCCUUGGCAGUUGCUGGCAGCACGAAAGAACGCACACCUGAAAUUUGUUGAGCUGGAUCAAGACUAUAGGCUUUCGUUUUCCUCGCUGGCGUCCAUGCUGUCGGCACGCACGAAGGUGGUGGCACUGUCACAUACGUCGAAUGUGCUGGGCUCCUUCAACCCACAUAUUGAGCUUGUUACGGAGUUUAUCAAGCGCUACAACCCUGACAUCGCGAUUCUUAUUGACGCCACCCAAGCACUCGCUCACCAACCAGUGGACGUUCGCGCAGUGAAUUGUGACUUUUUGGUCGGCAGCGGCCACAAGAUGUACGGUCCAACAGGCGUCGGGUUUUUGUAUGGCAAGCAUGAAAUACUCCAGCGGAUGCCUCCUUGGAAGGGGGGAGGAGAGAUGAUCGAAUACGUCGACUUGCAGCAGUCGACGUACGCGGAGCCCCCUGCACGAUUUGAGGCCGGAACUCCCCCCUUCCUGCAGGUGAUGGGGUUAGGAGCUGCCCUCGAGUUUAUCGAGUCAGUCGGCUGGGAUGAAAUUGCCUCGCGUGAGGAUCGCUUACGUCUCGCGCUGCACGAUGUCUUAUCUAGAUUCCCCGACCUUCGCCUCUUCUGCCCGCCUCCGGGGAUACCGUGUCGACCGGCGUCGCUCUCAGAUUUUUCUGAGAAUUUAUUCCCUCGCCAUCGACUCCCGGUGCUGCCAGGCCAGUCGGGGCGUAGGUGCACAGCAAUAGGUGGCACAGCGCUGGUCCCGAAAGGACCGGUCACUGGAAAUGCCCCUCUUUCCAGCUCCGACAGCCGAUCGUCUGCAGUGAUUCCUCUUAUUUCUUUUUCACAUCCAGAAGUUCAUGCGCAUGACAUCGCAAUGCUCCUAGAUGUUUGCGGUGGUGUCUGCGUGCGCUCUGGUCACCACUGUUGUCAACCGCUCCACCGUCACGUUCUGCGCGUCCCGUCGACGUGCCGAGUCAGCCUCGCCCUUUACAACUCCGAAAAGGAGAUUGAGCGAUUCGGAGACGUGCUGGCUACGGCUUUUGAGAGGCUGGGCCGGCCGGCUAGCCAGAAGCUAGUGUCUGGACAUAUUGAAACGUCAGCAAGCGAAUAA